UCAACUGGGAGGUGUAUCAAGAAUCUCAGAUAGAGGCCGUUGACAGUUGUGGAUUUGGGUAUCGGUUACGACCUAUUGGAAGGGAGAUCCCCGAUGCCAGCAAAUGGUGUGAUGCUAUUGUUGCAAAGCUUGCGUCUUAUACCUCUAUUCAAAAUGCAACAAAUGGGGAUGAAAGGCUUGGGGAGCACAUUCUGCCAACUCGUGGUAAUGCCUUUACCAUCAGCGACAGGCUGCAUAGCUAUGGCAAAAUCAACCCAUGCCCGGAAUCGAAGCAACGCCGGCAUGACCCUCAUUUCCACACAGAAUUUUGCAACGCUCUCAUAUCACGCGCUGUGAAGCACAACACUAGUACCUUAGACUGUAUUCCGCGUAUCACAACAUCCGAGCCUCUCACGGAAGUCUUAUGUGACCAGCGCGAAGCAAUUUUAAGACCAGUCCAGCCGACAAGCACCAAAGCUGAAUGUCUUUCUUCUGCCCAGACUUCCAAGAUCGAGGACGGUGUCUUUACCCCAGCAUACUUUGAACAUCACCCAUUUUUCAGGUUAUGGGAUGAAGUGAAAGGAAAGCAAUAG